AUGUCCCAGCGUGGCGUCAUAGUCCACGCGGACGAUGUGCUCGUGUGUGGAAGGGACAGAGCAGAACUUGAUGUAAGGCUCACAGCAGUUCUGACCCGACUCCAGGAGACUGGCCUGACACUCAAUGAAAAAUGCACUUUUGCACAAUCAGAGGUCUUGUUCUUGGGACACAAAAUCAUUGCAGCUGGAAUAGAGCCGGACCCAGAGAAGAUCAGCGCCAUCACAGAUAUGCCCAGACCCCAGAAUGUGGCUGAAGUCAGGACCUUCUUAGGCAUGGCCACAUAUGUGGGUAAAUUCCUCCCACAGUUCUCAGAUACAACCAAACCUCUGAGAGACUUACUAGCCAAAGAGAAUGACUGGUCAUGGGGUCACAUGCAACAGGUAGCAUUUGACAAAAUCAAAGGAGAUCUGGCCUCACAGAGAGUGCUGGCCCAGUACCGUCCCCACGCUAAGACAAAAGUAUCAGCAGAUGCAUCAUCCUUUGGGCUAGGGGCGGUACUCACACAGAUGCAGGACAACAUGGAGUGGCAUCCAAUAGCAUACAUCUCCCGAAGCUUAUCCGACACAGAGCAAAGAUAUGCUCAAGUGGAGAAGGAGGCGUUGGCUAUCACAUGGGCAUGUGAAAGGCUCAGCCAAUACCUUAUUGGCCUGCAGUUUACAGCAGAGACUGAUCACAAACCACUGUUGGCUCUGUUAGGGACAAAAGCACUGGACGACUUGCCUCCCAGAGUUCUGCGCUUCCGCCUCAGAUUACUGAGGUUCACCUACAAGAUGGUGUAUGUGCCAGGGAAGGCACUGAUCACAGCAGAUGCACUCUCCAGGGCCCCAAUUAAACGUCCAUUAUCCGAGGAGGAGCAAUGUCUAGUAGGUGAGGUACAGGUGUCCAUUAAUGCAAUAAGGGACAGUCUACCUGCAUCUCAGACCAAACUGCAGCAGAUUGCAGAGGAGCAACAACGAUACCACAUCUGCCAACAGAUAGUGCAGCAGUGCAAAAAGGGAUGUGAAGCCACCAGAGUGGCUGAAAGACUAUGUUACGUGAAGAGAAAACAUACUGAUGGGGACCAUACCCAGCAAAAAGAGACUGUACCUAAGUUAAUGCCAGAGCCCAGUGUGUCCAGCCAUCCCCACACCUCGCCCUUCUCCCUGGGUAAUCGUGAGCUCACCACUGUGUCCCUGAAAGUGGCAGAGGAUAGCCCGCUAUGCCACAAGCCCAGAGUGAUCCGCAGCAGUGCCCGCUUCGGAGUGCCCAGCCACAGCCCUUUCUUCUGUAGGAACAACCCCCACCCACAGAGGGUCAGGCACAUCAAGGGUAUCAAUGACAAACAAAUCUGUGCUGUCAAUGAUGUCACCUUUGGCCAGUUUCCCCAGUACUGCUUGGGCAGGGUCUUGACCCUUGAGAAGAAUCUGGUGUUGCAGUCAAACAUACCGACAGCGGCCAUCGGCACCAACAGCACCUACCUGCCUAUUGACGUCCUCACGGGCCUCCAGUUCUUCCCCCUGAAGCAGACGGAUUCCCCCUCUCUGAGGUUAUUGACCGAGGCCUGGCGUGAAGAGUUGCGAGAGUUGACAGAGAGGGCAGGGCUUUUGGGAGCAGGUGGAAGAGGCAGUGGUGUCGCCUUCUUUCCCCAGUCCAGCUGUGUGUCAGCCCUCGGGGGGUCUAGAGAUGACAGAGAAGGGAACCUUAAACUACAGCUGAUGGUGAUUGAUAUGUUGUGUCAGAUACUGCAAACUGAGUCUAUAGGAGAUGUCCAGCAAUGGAUUCUGACAGCUGGUCAAAGAGAAAAGGACCAGAUUCUAAGUCUGCUGUCUUCCGCCCUGGCAAAGGACCCUGUCUCAGCCUAUGAGGCUCCAGGAAGAGAGCAGCUGACAGUGAAGGAGGUUCAAAACCUCCCUCCUGCCUCCAGAAUGGCUUCGAUCAGUGAGGAGGAUACCGCCAGAGAUCAUUCCCUAGAAAUUAUGCCAAACUGUGACUUAGGUAAACUGGAGGAUGCAGGCACAGAGAGGGCAGAGUCCAAGACCCACAGGCAGAGACACAUUGCCAGACCCCUGAGUACCCAGAGGACCCUGUGUAGCCCCACCGUGUGCCACCUCAACCAAAAGGUGGUCCUACGUUACACCAAGCGGGCCCUGAUGCCUCACACACCACCUGAAGUGUUCCAGGCCGAAUGGCCCAACUAUACCCAGCAGGCACCUGGCUCACUCGUGACAUAAAACACAACUCUGGCAAUACACCUGGGGCUGGUUCAGGAAGUUGCAACGUUACUGAACGUUCAGAUAGAAAUGUAUGAUGUAGAAUAGAUACCAUUGUCUGUCAUGUUGAAUAGGUUAUUGUAUCAGCUCUAGUGAUUCUAUUCAUAUCUGCAACACUCUGAACGUUGCGCCCUAAUGAAUGAACCCCUCCUGUGCAUCUCAAUAGACCUCUUAUUCAGCAAUCGGUCAUUUUGGUAGUCAUUUUGUUCUGAUUUGGUUUGAAUUAGAUUUUGGUGGAAAGGGAGUUAAAAAUGGGAUUUGAGUACAAUCAUUAGUUACAACAAUACUUUUUACACUGUAAUUACAUAAGUAGUUACACAGUAAUAAUGGCAAUGUAACGUAAGUGUUACCACAUACUGCACCACUACUAGUAUUUCUAGACUGACAAUGGUUCACACAAAUAGAAUAACAUCAUCUGAAAGACUAUAAAGACAAUAGGAUCCGUAGUCAAUGUAUCUGUAUAUUUAUCUCACUCAUUUCCCGAAUGCAUGAAAAAAUUAAGUGAAUCAAUGAAUGCUUAUUAAUGAAUACAAUAGACUGUGUACUACUCCCUUCACAGAACAGUGCAAA